AUGGCCGAAGUUGAAGAAGACCCCAACAACUUUGAGAAAGAAGCAGGUGAACCCGUUUGCAACUCCAGCGGGUGCGUCGCGGGCCUCGAGCCAGAAAACCCUCGUCUCAGUACAUGUGUUUGGCACACCAAGUGCCACUCAAAGCAAGCAACAAGGAGCCACAAUAUGCAAGCAAUGAGCUUCUUUGGUGCUCCUCUGAAUUCCUCCCAAGGCCUCCAGACACCAGCGAUGGCAUUUGGUGCUGCUCCUGCUGCCACCCCCCAAGCCGCGCAUUCGAAUCAACAGGCACUGAUGGCACCAGUUGCUGCCACACCAAUCGCUACAACACCAAUUGUCGCUGCCAUAACAUCGACGCCGAAGCGGAAAGCGAUCAACUCCGGCAAUCUCGAGAACGCCGCGAAGAAGACGCCAUCAGCAUCAACUACAAUGAACGCCCAAUGCCCUCAAAAUUCCCAGGCGAAUUUCCUUGCCCAAGCGGCAGGACUAGAAGCUACCAAUGCCCUGCAUGUGAAACGCUUGUGGCAAAUGAAGGAAGGAUCCAACAGCCUCCUCUUCCAAGAAAAGCAGAACCGGAAGCUUGUUGUAGACCAUGAGAAGAUCAAUGGACGAGGCCACGGCACCUGCUGCUACCUUCCCCGAGACUCCAGCAACAUAUGGUGCAAAUGGCAACUCAAGAAAGAGGUACACAAGCUGACAGAAGGGACCGUGGAACUGAGCAAACAGGUCGAAAGCUUGAGGGAUGCCAAUGAGGACCUCAAGACGGAGAGCCUGUCGAGCCUGUCGAGUCUACCGAAUCUGUCUGCCGAACCUGCCAUAGAGAUUCCCUGCAGUGAGAGAUGUCCGACACCAUCGAAUGGCAGAAACAAGAUACCGCUCGUGGAAAUUUCAUCCUCCCCGCCGACAUCAGAGGAAGAUUCAACAACAGAAGAAGAGGAUGCUGGAGAGGACGCAACCCAAAAGAUCGUCGUCGAAUCCAACAAUGAGAAUCGCCGUGAUUCUAUCUAUUUGCAGUUGGCCAAGACUGUCGCCCAGAAGCCGGCUGCCAAGGGAGCACGCUGUGAUUGCGCAAUUGGGCAACUCGAAAAGAGGAUGGACAAAUUUGAAGCUGCGCUGAAUGCUCUAGAGAAGAAGAUGGACGAGAAGUCCGAAGCUCAAACUAAUGAGCUUCGAGCGAUUCGGAAGGCAGUCGAGGCAUAUGUGGAAGCCUCAACGAGCCUGUUGGAAAUUGCCACUGGCAAAAGGCCUGCUGCUCCCGAAGGCGUUGAUGUUUAA